CGCUCCCAUCCGGGCAUCCCUGAUGGAGGGGAGAAGAGGCGGCGCGCCGUGUCGUCACGUCACGUCACGUGUGCGCGCACGGCGCUCUCGUCCAGGAAGGGUGGGAGCGGCGCUCUGGAUCGUGCAGUUCAGCUCAGAGGGACGCGGAGACAAAAUGGGAGUCGAGGUUGAGACGAUCACCCCCGGAGACGGAAGGACCUUCCCUAAGAAAGGACAGACCUGUGUGGUGCAUUAUGUCGGCUCAUUGACAAAUGGAAAGCAGUUUGAUUCCUCUCGUGACAGAAACAAGCCCUUCAAAUUCAAGAUUGGUAGCCAGGAAGUGAUUAGAGGAUGGGAGGAUGGAGUUGCCCAGAUGAGUGUUGGUCAGAGAGCGAAGCUGACAUGCUCACCUGAUUUUGCCUACGGGUCUAAAGGCCAUCCAGGUAUCAUCCCGCCCGACGCCACUUUGAUCUUCGAUGUGGAGCUCAUAAGGCUGGAAUGAAGCAGUGUAUUUUUUGUUGCCUCCUACGACAAGAACACAAGAGAAAGCUAGGAGCGUGUGCACUUGAAUCAGGGGCUUGUAUAGCCCCACCUCGGUCACUGUUUAUCCAUAUAGAAUCUGUGUAUCGGUGAAUCUGCUUUUCUCACACACCCUUCCUUUUAAACUAUGGGCCAUAACCUUAAAAACCUCAAGUUCUUAAUCUUGAAUUUUAAUUGUGCUUUUUUUUUUUUUUUGCUCUUCGUGUAGAAUCCGUUGUGCAUGAUCAAGCAUUAUAACAAUAUACCAAUGAACAACAGCAAAUGAAACUGAUGGAUGAGUACAGUAGUGAUGUGUGGUACCGCCCAUGCCAGACCAUUAAACUUUGGUAAUCUUUGUAUUGCUGACGUUAUAUCUAAAACUAAAGCACACAGUCUUAAACCUUGCUGUCUGCAUUAAAAACGGAAUAAUGUACCUGCUCUCUGUUAUAGUUUUGAAAGUUGCGUAUGAAAACAAUGUAAGAUUUGGCACAAUUAGUAAAUGCAUCCCUGUGCAUUCUAACCCAGCUUGUCGGUUUGGUUAGCUGUGGAGUGCAGGUACCCUGUCCCUGUAGUUUGUUAUUGCACUGGAACGUGUAUCUCUUCCCUCUUGCUGUAUACAGGAGCAGACCGAUAUUCCUUCAUGUGAGUGUGUGGAGACCUCCUGAUGUACUGUAUUCAUGGCAUCCCUUCAUAACUACAAUGAAUUUGCAUGGCUGUUUAGGAACUCCAUUUCUGUACUCUUUUAGGGUUUCAAUACAGGCUUUUUUUUCCCCCUCGAGUCGGGCUGUAGUCAUAAAUCCACAAUUGAGAGAACAAUACUGCAAGACCGUGCUGGGGAGGGUAUGUUAAGUUGUAGUUUUCUUACGCGGUGCCUAAACAUGUGGGCAGGGAACCUUGCCAUUGUAUUUUUUUCAAAUGUCAACUAUAUAUAAAAAUACUAUAUAUUAUACACAGACCAUGUUAGGCUGAGCAGUUUUAAAAUUUUUACAACUGAUAGAUGUUACCAGUAAUCUCCCACACUCUUAGUCUUUUUGUGGGGCCACAGAGGCGUCCUUUGUAACUAAAGGUGCUGAUUUAACAAAUGACUCAAAUAAGAUGCUGGUCAUCACAAUUGUCGAUGUAUCCUGUCCAGUGUGGCUUAAUGUCCUGUACUGCACUGUGUAUCUGCUGUGUGCUGAAUAGGCAAGAAAACCAAUGAUGAAUCCAAUUCUGCUGUUGCAAUAAACUGCUUUCUACCAGCUUUGGGGAAAAAACAAAA